GGGAACAUGGUGGAUGUGAUAACUCACAAGCAAAGUUUUCAAACUAGAAAAGUUACUAAUGACUCCUAAAUUUUUCACUGUUAAUCGGAUUAAAACAACGCAAAACAGCUGUGGAAGAUGUCAUCUGAUUGCUCCUGCCUGAGGAAGGUCUGUCUAAAUCCCUUACUGUCUGCCAAACAUCCUGGGUGACCUUCCGUGACCUUCUGAUGUAAUGACCCUGCGCCCAUCCUCAUUAAUGUGCAGGUCUUUACGCUACUGUGUUAGCCACUGUCUGUAUGCCACAAUGACCAAGCUUCAGGAGGUCAACAAGGAGGUCAACAUGCUGUCCUCUGUCCGAUUCAUUAGCUACUUUUCCAGUCUCAGCCUACUUGUGGCCAUUUGUCUGGGUCUGUUUGUCCGAUGGGAAAAGACGGCUGAAUCCAUGAUCCUCGUCAUUUUUAUCUUAGGACUGUUUGUUCUUGGAAUCGCCAGCAUAUUGUAUUACUACUUCUCCAUGGAAACGGCUAGUAUGAGUCUUUUCCAUCUGUGGUUUGGAUUUCUGUUGGGCCUGCUCUGUUUCCUGAAUAGCCCUGUUUUGCAGAAUGAUGUUAAGGAGGAGAUCACCAACUACCUGUUGCUAACCAGUAUAAUCUUGAAGUUGCUAUGGGCUCUGGCAGAAAGGAUACGUGGUGGUGUGCGAUAUCGCCCGACUUUACUGACUUCCGCCGAGUUUCUAGAACUUGUCGGUUUUGCCAUCGCCAGCACCACCAUGCUGCUUCACAAGGCCGUGAGCAUCAUUAUCCUGGUCGUGGCUCUGGCCAUGCUGGUGGUGGACCUGCGGAUGAAGUCCUUCUUGGCGAUCCCGAACCUGGCCUGUUUCACUGCGGUUACCUCCUCGAUGUUUUUCAAGUCCUUGGAAAUCUCCACGAACCCGUUCGCUUUGGCCUGCUACCUCAGCCGGCUGCUCUGCGAGCCGCUGCUGGACGUAUACUUCAGUGGGCUGUCGGUCACCGAGCGCUGGCUGCCCUUCCUCGCCCGCGGCCCCUUGCUCCGUCGCCUCUCGGUUCUUCCCCUGGGCCUGGUGGAGCUCACCUUCUUCGUCCUCGCCGCCUUCAAGCUGGGCGACCUGGAGCUGUGGUACUUCGUGAUCCCGGGGUUCUCCAUUACCGGCAUCUUCUGGAUGAUCUGCCACAUCAUCUUCAUCAUCACCCUCUGGGGGUUCCACACCAAGCUCAACGACUGCCAGAAGAUCUACUACACCCAGCGCUCUGAGAUCAGGACUCUGGACAAGGUGAUGGCCUCCAAGGGUAUGCGCCAUUUCUGCCUGAUCUCAGAACGCCUGGUGUUCUUCAGUCUGCUGUCCACUGCAAUCCUGGGAGCAGUAUCAUGGCAGGCCACCAGCGGGACCUUCAUGAGCGUGUUCCUGCUCGUCCUGCCUCUGGAGUCUCUGGCCCAUGGCCUUUUCCACGAGCUGGGGAACUGCCUUGGUGGAACCUGCGUGGGCUAUGCGUUGGUCAUUCCCACCAACCACAGCAGUGCCGACGGGCAGCCGUCCCUCCUCCCCCCGGAGCUGGUGCAGGAGCUGAACCUGCGUGCCACGGGCAUGCUCAACAGCAUCCAGAGGUUCUUCUCCCACCACAUGAUCGAGCCCUACAGCUGCGACUACUCCACCAGCGGCAUGUCUCUGGACGGCCUGCAGGCCAAGCUCAAGGGCUUCCUGGAGCUGCGCACAGCCGAUGGCCCGCGCCAUGACACCUACCUGGUGUACUACAGCGGGCACUCGCACCGCUCCGGGGACUGGGCCCUCACAGGUGGAGACACAUUACGACUGGAGGAGCUUUUGGAUUGGUGGAGGGAGAAGAACGGCGGGUUCUGCUCCCGGCUGAUCCUGGUCCUGGACGACGAGAACUCCCUGCCGUGGGUGAAGGCGGUCAGGAAGGUGGACGAGGUGUACGUGGCGGUUCAGGGGGCGGUGCUGUCCCGGGUGGCGGACGUGGAGGAGAUGCCCCCGCCGCGCCUCGGAGACUUCACCGCCGACUGGGUGGAGUACAACUGCAACCCGGACAGCGACAUCCAGUGGUCGGAGAAAGGCCGCGGCAUCACCGCGGUUUACGGCGUGUCCAAGAAGUGGAGCGACUACACGCUGCACCUGCCCACGGGAAGCGACGUCACCAAGCACUGGAAGACGUACUUCCCCAAGGUGACCUACCCGCUGGUUUACCUGGCAAACUGGUGCGGGGGCCUGAACCUCUUCUGGGUCUGCAGUAUCUGUCUGCGCUGUUUCAGAAGGUUCAAGAUGGCAUGGUUUCCGCCAACCAUACUGGACACAGGCCAAGGUUUUAAGCUGGUCAAAUCAUAAAAUGAUUUUUAUUAUUAUUAUUAUUAUUGUAUUUUGUUUUUUUUUA